AUGCGUCUGAUUCUUACGGUAAAACACUGCAGCGAGAUUGCGCCUGCCACUGACCUGAUGCGCACACAGACACGGUUCUCCCGCUCAACCCAUGCCCGCUCUGCGCCAGUCAAGAGACUGCGCGUUCCUGUCUCUCUGAACACAGACCCGCGUCUGUCACGCACGGGAUCCUCGCAUCCGGGUCAUACUGUCCUUGGCGCAGGAACACUGGGCAUUGUCUACAGCACAUUAAAGCUGAGCUCUCCAACGCCAGCUUCUCUGCCUCCUGUGUCUCUUCCUUCUCUGCCUCCCCUUCUCUCCUGCUUAUCCCCGACACACAACGUUGAUGCCGGACUUUGA